AUGACAACUGCAAUUGUUCAAACAAAAUCUUCGGUAUCUCAAAUGAAACCGACUCCAACCACAGAUGACGAAAAUGGCAUUAAACCGUGGAUGGAGUUACCAGGAAAUCCCGAUCCAAGUAAAGUUCAUAUCAUUAAGGCAACAACUAUUCGCCAUCAUAUCGAUCCGACUUUGAAGACAAAUAGCAAUGAUAAAAAUAAAUUGUCGAGCGCUAGUCGUGUGGAAGAUGGUGUUUUGGUUAGAUUUAUAGGCGUCUUUUUGAGCUUUGUGAUUGUGUCUGGACUUUCUUUGUUUAUGAAAUAA